AUGUUCACUCAAUCUGUCGCCCUCGGCCUUCUGGCUUCUGCGGUCUCGGCGUUCGAUGCGUCCGCCAGCAACAAUGUUGCCAUGUACUGGGGUCAGGGAAGCUCUCAGAUCUCUCUUACGGAGCUCUGCAAUGAUCCUAGUGUUGACAUUGUCAACAUGGCUUUCGUAAAUCAGUUCCCCAAGCGGAGGGGUGAAUACCCAUCAACCAACUUCGCGAACGCAUGCGAUGACGUCUGGUACACUGACGAGUUCGGUAACCUGUCCGGUCUUCGCUCAAGCUGCCCUUCUAUCCCAGAAGGCAUACAGACUUGCCGGAACAACGGCAAGAAGGUUUUGCUUAGCAUUGGUGGAGGUUACCCCAUCGACUACUACCUCGAGAGUCAAGAUAUUGCAGAAUAUCUCGCAGACUUCCUCUGGGGCGCUUUCGGACCUCCUGAUGAUGACUGGAAGGCACAGAACAAGCCGCGGCCUUUCGGCGACCAGUAUGUCGACGGUUUCGACUUGGACCUCGAAGCUUUGAUGGACCCGGCUCCGUUUGACGGAUACCUGUCCGCCAACUACCAAUACCUGGUCAACAGGUGGAAGAACGUGCUCUUCCCAUCCAAGGCUGGCGACUUUUACAUCUCGAGCGCACCACAGUGCAUUGUUCCGGACUCGAGGCUGGCCGACGCCAUUAGCCAAUCGCACUUCGAUUUCGUGUUCGCGCAGUUCUAUAACACAGCUCUGUGCAACGCACGAAGGGGAUACGAAGGCAUAUCUACCGGUGCCACAACCUUCACCUUUGACUCCUGGGUCGAGUGGCUCAAGCUCCACUCUACUGUCAACCCGAACGUGAAGCUUUACCUUGGUCUGCCUGCGGACAAGCUAGCUGCCCCGUUUGACCAGUCUGCCUACCUUGAGCCUUUUGAGGCCAACGACGUCAUCAAGCAUUACAAGCAGAAGUACCCUGAGAUGUUCGGUGGCGUUAUGCUGUGGGAAGCCACCUACAGUGCCAAGAACACCUGCAGUGGCACUACAUACUCGACCAACAUCAAGGCUAUCCUCCAGGGCUCCUACCAACCCGAAGUCUGUCCCACUCCCACCUCGUCGUCCAUUGCAUCCACCAGCUCCGCUGUCGCCACCCCCACUGCUAUCAGUCCCGACGGUUCUUGUGGCCCCAAGAGUGGUUACACUUGCGCGGGAUCUGCGUUUGGUCAAUGCUGCAGCCAGUACAAUUACUGCGGAAGCGCAGAGAUCUACUGCGGUGUCGCCAACUGCAAUCCUAUCUUUGGGAACUGUGGUGUCUCCAGCAGCAGCAGCUCAGUUGUAUCAACCAUCACUUCUAGCGCCGUUAUCUCGUCCUCCAGUGUCGUCUCGUCCUCCAGUGUCGUCUCGUCCUCCAGUGUCGCUUCGUCCUCCAGCGUCGCCUCGUCUUCCAGCGUCGCCUCGUCCUCCAGCAUCGUCUCGUCUUCCAGCACCGUCUCGUCUUCCAGCACCGUCUCGUCUUCCAGCACCGUCUCGUCCUCCAGCGUCGUCACCACUUCUAGCCUUAUUUUCUCCUCUUCGAGCAUCACUCUCAGCACCGGACCAGCUUCUAUUGUGACCCCCAGCGUCUCUGUUCCUUUCCCUAAUGGCAACUCCACGACCAGUCCCUUCCCGACCGGUACUGGUGCUUCUAGCAUCAUCAGCUCUUCCGCGUCUGCUUCGUUCCCCACGGGCAACUCUACCACCGUCCACCCCUCUGGCACUGGAGUCAGCACUUCUGUCCCCAUCGGAACCGGAGCUUCCAGUAUCAUCUCCUCUUCCAGCGUCGUCAGCAGUCCCUCUGCGCCUUACCCCGUCUUCAACGGCACGCACUCUGCUUAUCCCACCGCUGCUUCCUCGACUACUGAGCACAGCUACCCUGUCUAUACUGGUCCUGGUUACAUUGUGUCCACCUCCAAGGCGGGUCAAGGCUACGCUGUUCAUACCUCCAAGGCGGGCCAAGGCUAUGCUGUUCAUACUUCCAAGGCGGGUCAGGGCUACCCUGAGAAGCCCAGCCAAGGUCAUGGCUACUCUGUCGGCAAGCCUUCCGUCACCAGCAAGCCUAGCUAUGCAGCUUCCUCUCCUGCCCCUGCUAAGACUACCUGCAUUACCACGACCUACGUGGACAUCUGCGAGACUGGCUUGACUACCGUCACUGCGACCAUCACCAAGACUUAUACUGGCGUUGCCCCUAAGCCCACGCCCAACGAGGUUCCUGAGGGCUGGUACACCACUGUCACUGUCUGCAACCACUGCGGACCCAAGACUACAACCGUAACUCUGACCAAGCCGUAUCAGACUCCGACUGAGGCGGCGUACCACACUCCCUCUUCUCCGACCGGACCAUCUGCAGGUAAGGGUAGCUAUCCCGCAGCCCAGCUCUCCAAGGGUGGCUACGAGGCUGCCCAGCCCUCGGAAGCGGCCUACGUCCCCAGUAAGCCCGCCGGUGAGGAGACCGUCCGUGUGACGAGCAAGGUCUACAUCACCGUCGUGCCUGUCCCUGCGUCCGAGGUCCCUGGAUACAGCGCAGCAGCCACUCCUGCACCCUACGUUCCUGUCAAUGGCACUGCGGUAUACGUUUCCAGCGGAACGGCCAGCAGUACCGGCAAGGGCGCUGCAGCUUACACUGGCGCUCCUAUGUCUUACAAGCCAGUUGCUUACGAGGGUGCUGCGAGCAGGUUCAGCGUUGGCGUGAGCGGCUUUGUGGUCCUGCUCAUAGGUGCUCUUCUUUUGUAG